AUGGCGACUUUCGAGGCACAGACAGAGUGUGUUGUGGAAGCCUUGUUCUCUGACCUGCUCGGUGAACAUGAGACCGAGUGCCGGAGCCUGGAGACAGAUGCGGGAGAGCCUGUGCAGUCUGCAGAAGAGCCCACCACCACGUUCGACCCCGUCGUGAUUGCCAGUCGCCUGCGGCAGAUGGGGGACCAGUGCAACAUGGAUUUUGAAAGGGUUUCCUCGGAGGCUCUUGCUGAGGUGCUCAAUGGAAAGAUGGAGAAGUUUGGGGCUGCCGGGGACUCUCUCCGCAGGAAUUGGAGGGACCAGAACCCUGAGCUGGGCUACGAGAGAGCUUUUCUCGCUGUUUCUGUGAAAUUGAUAACAUCUGCUGUUAAGAAAGUCCCAGCUGUGGUGCUUUGCAACCAACUCAUACAAGUGAUUAAUGGAAAUUCUCAAGUCAGAAACUAUAUUGAGGCCCUUGGUGGAUGGGUAAGGAUGUGA